AUGCCAGAAUCCUUACCUGUGAUCAAUUUCAUUAACUUCAAUCAAACGGGGACAUGUAUUUCUAUGGGCACAUCUUUAGGGUUCGAAAUCUACAAUUGUGAUCCCUUUGGUAAAUUCUAUUCCGAAGAUUCUGGAGGGUAUGGGAUUGUUGAAAUGCUAUUCUCCACGUCUUUACUGGCAGUAGUUGGGAUUGGUGAUCAGCCAGCUAUGUCACCCAGAAGGUUAAGGAUCAUUAACACUAAGAAACACUCCGUGAUAUGUGAAGUCACAUUUCCAACAUCGAUACUUUCGGUUAAGAUGAAUAAAUCCAGGCUAGCAGUGUUAUUGAAGGAGCAGAUCUACAUUUACGAUAUAAGCAACAUGAGGCUACUGCAUACUAUCGAAACAAUCUCCAAUCCACACGGGAUCGUUGCCCUGUCCCCAUCUACAGAUAACUCAUACCUGGUAUAUCCAUCUCCACCGAAGGUUAUAAAUUCCGAAAUUAAGCAGAAUGUUACUACUAAUAAUAUCAACGUUUCCACUGGCGGUACCAGACCAACAGGCGAUGUGGGCCAGACUGGAACUGAUCCAAAAGAGGCAGACGCAGGCACAGAUAAUAACUCGAAUGCAAUACCAAGUGGCAACAACAUGUAUAGCCCCGGCAAGAGUGGGAUCACGACUGCAGACAAGCCUCAGAAUGUGAAGAACGACAAUAAUAUAAUUAAAAAUGGAGAUGUCAUCCUGUUUAAUAUGAAAACUUUACAACCUACAAUGGUAAUUGAGGCUCACAAAGGAGAGAUAGCGGCAUUGGCAUUAAGUUUUGACGGCACAUUACUGGCGACGGCUUCAGAGAAGGGAACCAUAAUAAGAGUGUUUAAUGUAGAGACAGGAGUUAAGAUGUACCAGUUCAGAAGAGGAACUUAUCCUACAAAAAUACAUUCCAUGUGCUUCAACUCAGAUAACCAAUUUCUGGCUGUGACGUGCUCAAGUAAGACAAUUCAUAUUUUCAAAUUGGGAAAGAAUCAAGUGAUAGGUGAGGGACACGAAAGUGACAACAGUAACGUAGACGAAGAAGGGUCAGAUGUCGCCUCUGCAGCAACAAGAAACGCAGAUCAUAGUGACGAGGAGAUACAUGGAGAUCCAGAGACAGAAGCUGCUCUCUUGGAGGCCGAGUCCAAUGAUAUGGUACUUCUCGAGAGAUCGAGAGAGCCCUACGUCGAUGCAUCGAGAAGGACUGUUGCAAGAAUGAUAAGAAAAUCAUCUCAGAAAUUCUCAAGACAAGCUGCCAGGACCCUAGAACAAAUUUUCCCCAUCAAGGUAUCUUCUCUAUUGGAGCCCUCCAGGCAUUUCGCGAGUCUUAAACUGCCUCUUGACAGCAACAGCGGAGUUAAGAGUAUGACUUCAAUAGGGGAACUUAUCGAAGUCGACACUUCUGAGUACCCUGAGCUAUUCGACCUAAGUGAGGAGUCGCAGUCCAUAAGAUCCAAUCAUUCUGGAUCGCUAGUGAAGAUGUUACCAAUACGAGUCAUCACUUCCGAAGGUUACCUAUACAACUACGUUCUCGACCCUGAGAGAGGCGGUGAUUGUCUACUACUCUCGCAGUAUUCUCUAACAUUAGCUUGA